AUUGCCUAACGUCAAAGUAUACAUUAUUCAGAGGUUACCUUUUAUUUUCCGAACGAGAAAACCCUGUGAGAAUUACUUUAGAACAAUUUCAAGUGAUUAGAUUAAAGCGUUAUUGAGCACAAUGGCAAAUUCAGGGAAAGGAACAUUUCAACCGGACUCCGAUGUCCACAUUUCCUUUGAAGACCAACAAAAAAUUAACAAAUUUGCUCGCCUGAACGCUAAAGUUGACGAUUAUAAAGAUGAACUGAAAGUAAUACAGAACGACAUGAAGAACUUAGAGGAAGCCGUUGAAGAGCUGGCGCUAGCCGACGACAGCGAGAAGAUCCCUUACCUUGUAGGAGAAGUAUUCAUCUGCCAGAGUCUAGAAGAUACAAUGAAAUCAUUAGAAGAGUCAAAACAGAAAAAGGAAAAUGAAAUUGCUGAAUUAGAGGCCAAAUGUGAUGAACUCAAGUCUCAAAUGGCUGAAUUGAAGGCACACCUCUAUGGAAAGUUUGGAAGCCACAUAAAUUUGGAAAAUGAGGAGGAAUGACGCAUUAAAUGCAAUAUUCAGAUAUAAUUGAAAUAAAACUAACACAGCAGU